AUGAAGCCGGGGCCGCCGCACCGCGCCGGGGCCGCCCACGGGGCAGGCGCCGGGAGCGGGGCCGCGGCAGGGCCCGGGGCCCGCGGGCUGCUCCUGCCGCCGCUGCUGCUGCUGCUGCUGGCCGGGCGCGCCGCGGGGGCUCAGCGCUGGCGCAGUGAGAACUUCGAGAGGCCCGUGGACCUGGAGGGCUCUGGGGAUGACGACUCCUUCCCCGAUGACGAGCUGGACGACCUCUACUCGGGGUCUGGCUCGGGCUACUUCGAGCAGGAGUCAGGCAUUGAGACAGCCAUGCGGUUCAGCCCAGAUGUGGCCACGGCAGUGUCCACCACACCCGCGGUGCCGCCCACCAUGGACAUCCAGCCCGUGGGCACCCCGUUUGAAGAGCUCCCCACUGAGCACCCCACCCCGGAGCCAGCCACCAGCCCCCCAGUGGUGACAGAGGUCCCGGAAGAGCCCAGCCAGAGAGCCACCACCAUCUCCAUGCCCACGGCUACCACUGCUGCCACGACAGCGGGAGCCCUGACCGUGGCCACGGUGCCCGCCACGGUGGCCACCGCUGCCCCCAGCAUCCCCGCGGCACCCCCUUCCACGGCCAUCACCUCUGUCAUAAGGACCACCGGUGCACAGAGGCUUCUGCCUCUUCCGCUGACCACGGCGGCCACGGCCCGAGCCACCACCCCAGCGGCGCCCUCGCCUCCCACCACGGUGGCUGUCUUGGACACAGAGGCCCCGACACCCAGGUUGGUCAGCACAGCUACCUCCAGGCCAAGGGCCCUUCCCAGGCCAGCUACCACCCAGGAGCCUGACAGCCCUGAGAAGAGCACCCUGCCCCUGGGGACCACAGCCCCUGGACCCACGGAAGUGGCUCAGACCCCAACUCCGGAGUCCGUCCUGACCACGAUCCGGGAUGAGCCAGAGGUGCCCGUGAGCGGGGGGCCCAGCGGGGACUUUGAGCUGCCGGAGGAAGAGACCACACAGCCAGACACAGCCAAUGAGGUGGUGGCUGUGGGCGGGGCUGCAGCCAAGCCGUCACCUCCACCUGGGACGCUGCCCAAGGGUGCUGGCCCAGGCCCCAGCCUCCUGGACAAUGCCAUCGACCCAGGCAGCUCAGCUGCUCAGCUGCCUCAGAAGAGCAUCCUAGAGCGGAAGGAGGUGCUCGUAGCUGUGAUUGUAGGCGGGGUGGUGGGCGCCCUGUUCGCGGCCUUCCUGGUCACGCUGCUCAUCUACCGCAUGAAGAAGAAGGAUGAGGGCAGCUACACACUGGAGGAGCCCAAGCAGGCCAGCGUCACGUACCAGAAGCCUGACAAGCAGGAGGAAUUCUACGCCUAGCGGAGCCUAGUGGAGCCACAGUGCCUCCCGUAGCCUCAGUGUCACCCCUCCGCCUAGCCCCCGGCCCGGCCCCACCAGCCCUGGCCUGGGACUGGGCCUGGGAGGGAGUCUGGCCGCGGUUCAUCUCUGCCCGCCCUCCCAGGGUCUGCCCAGACAGCCAGCCUCACGCAGAUCUUACCUGAGGGACAGGGGGCACUGCCAUCUGCCCUAGACUGUGCCCUUACCAGCUCAUCUCUUGUUCCCCCCCCCCCACCCCCCACCCUCCCCACAAUCAGCCUGGGGCUUCAGGACCUCGUGUCGGCUGGACAGGAGGAAGGAAGCUCCGGAUUGGCUGGGAGAAGAAAGGGUGGGGCUUGAGAUGGGCUCCAGGCCCCAACCUGGCCCCCCCCCCCAGGGCCAGCUGAAGUCUCAUUUCGGAGGCGGAGAGGCACGCAGGCUGGUUUCCAGGACGAACGUUUGGCCAGCUCAGCCCUCGACAUCAUCGAGACACUGCGGCCUCUCGCGACCGUCCCGGGGCCCCUCGCUGCCCAGGAGAGACGGUUCCUCUCGUCACCAGCCUGUUUUGCCCUGGCCUCUCUGGGGUGGUGGGGCCAUUCUCCCCUGGCCCCUGCCCAGUGCCCACCUACCACAGGCCUCACCUCAUCCCAGCGUGCCCCUAAGGAAUCGACUUGCUAAGAGUGCUCUGGCAGCCACUGGUGAGGAGGGGCUGGACUGCCUGGGCCUCCCUCCCUCUUGCAGGCGGACUCUGCACAGACACCAUCUCCCACACGGUCACGCAUGACGUCACACACGAAGGCGAUGACGCGCAACGACAAAACCUUGCGCGGUCCCGCUCACCCAGCCGGUGCAGACCUGUCACAGACAUGCUUCCAAAGAUGCUUAUUCUCACGUGUUUCUCACCCCGCGGCCCCCCCUCCCCCCGCCCCCCCAAUGCUCACAACAAUGCAAGGCACUAGUCGUCGUCCCCUGAUGGUGUUGACAGUGUGGCCUGCCCCUCCCUCUGUCCCCCUCCCCCCAUGCACACUGUGGCACCAGGCAGGCUGUCCCCAGCUCCCGGGCUCACCGGAGAGGGUGGAGUCAGGCUGGAACAGUCAGCCCAUAUUGGGUCCCCAGAGUUGCCCUGCCACACUCAGCCCCUCACCACGACGCCAGCACCAACCACGAGGCCGCCGCCCUCAGCAUGUCAGAUACGAUCCCACGUGGAGGUACAGUCUCCCCCCUGCACAGCCCCGCGCUUGUGCUGUAGGGGAACCGGCGGGCACUUGCUUGCCUCUCCUGAAAUAAAGUGGGGGGGGGAUGCUGCCACAACCCCCCCCCCCCAGGGCAUUGCACAUCGGUGGGGCCUGCUCCCCUCCCCUCCCCUCUGUAGCUCGCCGAGGGGUGAGUUCGGGGCCAGUCCCCCGCUAGCUAGGAGCCUUGCUGAGGAAGGCAGGCUGGUUCCUGGAAAUGUUGGAGGGGGUUUGGGUCACCCAGGACCACAAGGCCUGGGCGGGGAGGGGUGUGCGGCCUGGCUCCCGGUCUUCCUGUACCCUCUCCUGCUCUGAGCUAGGGGCUGACUCUGCCUCCCAGGACACAAGUCUCCAAAGUGCCUGUGAGGGUGGGCCCUGUCGCCUGGGCCUCCUGCACCCUCCCCGCGGCCUCACCAGGCCCACCUCGGUCCCGCCCUGGGGCCCUCCCCGUGGACACCUGCCUGCUUGCUGGCCAGACAAGCUGAUGGUUCUUGAAGCAGCCCAGCCAGACACACUGCCCCAGGCCGGGCGCUGAGAGCAGGUGGGGCUGGGCGGGGGGAGGGGGGGGGGCGUCCCAGGCCCCGGCCCACCUCCCCCUUCUGUGUUACCCUUGCGAGGGGGCCGCUUCUGUAGAUAUUUUAAAUGUGGGGUCACAAAUCUCCUUGGGGGAGGAGGGUGUGCUUGGUGGGGGCUCCUGAGGACACGGGAUGUGGUCUGAGUUGGGGUUGGCUGGUGCUCACCCCCCCCCCCAACCUUCAGCCCAGAUUAAAGUCAGGAUCCCAGCUUUUAUUUCUGUUCCCUUUUCUAGACUCCCUGGCAGCAGAUUUCUGCAGGGUGAGGGGGGUGGGGGGUGCCCGAGGCAUUGAGAGCAAGGGUCCAGGGAACUUCCACACCCUGUCUUUUCCACCAUCCUGCUUCCGGGCUGGGGCUUUGUCUUUCGGACUCAGUGUCCCCCCGGGCAGGGCCUGGAGGCCUGUGAGGAGCCCAGCCGGUCCCAAACUUUGUGAUGGGCAGGAGUGAGGGGAGGCACCCUGGGCCCAUGAUUUGUUGAAGGUGAGGCGACCUGGCCUCGGUCAUCCCUGGAGUGUGGAAGGGCGAGGGGAGGAGGGACUGAUGUCCCAGCAGCUCCCUGGUGGGCUGCUGUGGGGGGCCAGCAGCUCUGGUGACCAGGCCUGGGCAGGCCAAGGCUGAAAAGCCAGGGAGCAUGGAGGAGAGGGGACGUGAGCCCAGGGAUGGUGGGCCUGGGGUAGGAGACCCCUGCAUGGGCCACAUGUAGCCCAUGGUGGGGCGGGGCCUGGCAAGGACGGAGGAGCUGGGCUUCGUCUGGCUGGAGUGGGCUUGGAGUGGCCCCCCUGCAGGGGUCCAGUCUGGUCCCAGCAGGCCUGACUCCCCACGUAGGGCUGGCUUCUAACUUGGGACUUGGGGCUUUGCCUCCUGGCACACGGGCCUCUUCUCUCUGUCCUUAGCGUUUGAGAGAAGGGGCCAAGGGCCUUGUUCAUGGAGCCCUGGACCUGAGCCCAAGGCCCAGGCUUUAUCCUCGUGGAACAACACAGUCUGACUGGCCCAAGUUCAUUCCGGCCAGCCCGGCUGGGGCAGGGCAGUCCAGGAGAGAGGUCGGUUAAAAGGAUGAGCUGGGGCUCUCCUCGGUGCAGUGUGGGUGCGGGGCUCUCACUCUGCCUGGGCACGAGGUGUGAUGCAAGCAGGGCCCGGGCAGAUGGGUCCCCAGACACACCAGUGUGCUUAGGGAGGGUGUCCCGCAAGGCCCUGGCGUUUCCUAGAAGCCGGGCCGAUUCCAAAGGGGAGGGGGCUCGUGUGGCCCGAGAACCUCCCUGGGGCCUCAGCUGCCAGGGAGGGUGGCUGGGGCCUCGGGAGGUGGGGUUCGGGCCCUCGCUCCAGCUGUGACUUCUAGAACCCAGGUUCUGUCUCCCUAAGGGGCCACAGGGGCAUACCUCUCCUGAAAGGUGCGUCCCCUUCAGCCCUGGAGGGGGCUGGGUGGCAACCAGGGCUGGGUGAGGCAGGUCUGUGGUCCGUGGCUUGGGGUGCUCAGGCCAGAUCCCCGCCGGGGCUGGCAAAGCCAUCUGUCCAGGCCUCCAGGCUGGGGCCCCGGGCACAGGAAGCAAACCUAUCUUGGCCUCUCCGGUGGGGCGGGAGGGGCCACCACCUCCUGGGCUCUCCUGGAUUUCUCCUGACAGCCACCACCCUGGACUUGCUUCCUCAGGCCUCCUGCCUGUAAAUAGAAGCCCACGAACUGUACAGAUUUACGGAGAUGCCAAGACUGGGUCCUGGAGUUGCCAUCUAAGGGCUGAUGGGUCCAGCAUCCCCCCCCCCCCCCCCGGUGCCCACCCGGCAGCUUAGUGCACAGCGUGGCAAAUACGUGUAAAUACUUUUCGUAGGCAGUGUGGCUCCAGAGAGCCCCCUGAAGACAGUGUCCCUCCCGUGCGUCCUUUCUCCUGUACAGAACCCUUCGCGUACCCGGCCUGGGGUGGGUGGGAGUUUGUCCUUCCCUCCCCCAAGCCUUCCCUGCCCUUUCUCCCCCCCCCCCCCCCCAUAACCUGUUUAUUAACCAUACCUGUCCUGAGUUCACGGCCAAAUCUCUAAAAAAAGCGGAGGGAAAAGACUGGAAAAAGAGACCCAGGUGCCUGCCCCCCCCCCCCCGCCCCGCCACCGGGGUUACUCACCUGUCCCAGCCUUGUGAAGGAGCUGUUUGGUUGUUUUGUUUUUGUUUUCUGUUUGGUUGUUCUUUCUUUCUUUCUUUUUUUUUUUUUUUAACACUUCCCGUGCUGUGCCCAUUUAUAAGAAGAAAUAAAAUUAAGCUGAAAUGA